AUGCUCUCAUGGCACGCCUGGUGGACCUGGGACUUGUCGCUACUGCUCUUUGGUUUGUCAAUCCAUGCUGGUGCAGCAGCUCAGAUCAUAGAAGAGCGAGGUUCCAAAGGACACCUUGACCUCACGGAGUUAAUAGGAGUCCCUCUUCCUCCUUCUGUCUACUUUGUCACGGGCUAUGGAGGGUUCCCAGCUUACAGCUUUGGUCCAGAUUCCAACAUUGGCCGGCUGACCAGCGCUAUAGUACCAUCGCCUUUCUACAGAGAUUUCGCCAUCGUGGUUACCGUGAAACCAAACAGCGAUCGUGGAGGAGUGCUCUUUGCAAUAACAGAUGCCUUCCAGAAAACAAUCUACCUGGGACUGAGGAUUUCACCAGUUGAUGACAGCACCCAGAGAAUAAUAAUGUACUACACAGAGCCUGGAUCCCAUAUAUCCCGAGAGGCUGCUUCCUUUAAAGUACCAGUGAUGACUAACAGGUGGAAUAAAUUUACGGUGACUGUUGAGGGAAAUGAUAUUGCUUUGUUCAUGGACUGUGAAGAAUAUCAGAGGCUUCAGUUUCAAAGGUCUGCUCGAACCUUGGUAUUUGAAUCUGGUUCUGGGAUAUUUGUUGGUAAUGCAGGAGCCACAGGACUGGAAAAGUUCACAGGCUCCAUUCAACAUCUGACAAUCAAAUCUGACCCAAGGGCUACUGAAGAUCAUUGUGAAGAUGAUGACCCUUAUGCUUCAGGGGACAGCAGUGGCAAUGGCAGCAUUCAAGACCAUGACGUUUCUGAGGCACAAGAAGUCCUUGCACCUUCUCAUCUUCCCAUAAGGCCUGAAGAUACGUUGGCUGAGCCAGUGGAAGCCCCCCCAACCAUAUUGUCUUAUUUGGAAGAGAAUGAUUUCUCUGGAAAUCACAGAUCAGAAGAAACCUCAGAAGCAUCUAAAUUUAAAGAACAAGAUUCAGCUGUCAUGGAAACCAGACAAGGCAACAGUGAGUCUUCCCCUGUCACACAGAAAAUGUUAAGAGAAGAAGAUGGCUCUGGUGCUGGUGUUUUGCCAGGAGUAAGCAGAGAGGAGAGCCAGAAAGGUGAGGAAGUAGAGGAUGGUUCUACAGAGUCCCUAGGAGGGUCAGGAAUAGAAGACGUGGAAAAUAAAGGUCAAGGACCUCCUGGAUCUCCAGGGAAACCUGGGCAACUUGGUCAGCCUGGCAUUCCUGGUAAAAAUGGGUUACCUGGUAAAAAUGGACUCCAGGGGUUGCCAGGACUGAAAGGAAAAGCAGGGCCGAAAGGUGAAAAGGGUGAUCCUGGUGAGGGAUUGCCAGGGCCCCCUGGACUACCAGGACCCACAGGACCAUCUGCUCCUUCCAGAGGAUUAAAUAGACUGGAACCUGAAGAAUCGGGUUCUGGAGAUACUGAGAAUAUCAGAGAGACUGAGAUUUUAAGGGGUCUCCCAGGGCCACCAGGCCCUCCAGGACUGCCUGGUCUUCCAGGAAAGCCAGCACCUGAUUCAGGUGUAGGACCUCCUGGGUCACCAGGAGAAGAUGGAUAUUCUGGGGAACCAGGUCCUGAAGGCCCUCAAGGUCCUCCUGGCCGUGAUGGAGUGGUUGGCCCACCAGGAUGGAAGGGAGAAAAGGGUGAUCAAGGUCUACCUGGUUCUGCUGGUCCAAAGGGUGAUACUGGAGUCAUUGGAUCAAUAGGUCCCAAAGGAGAAGCUGGCCCUAUUGGGUCUCCUGGAAAACCUGGGCCACCAGGACCUCCUGGGCCUCCCGGACCUCCUGGACCUCCUGGACCACCAGGACUAAGUUACAGCUUGGGAUUUGAGGAUAUGGAAGGAUCAGGUAGCAUCAACCUGUUAAGUGAAUCAAGAAUUCCUGUAUCAAGGGGGCCAAAGGGUUCUGUGGGAAGACCUGGACAGCGUGGACCAUUAGGACCAAAGGGGGAGAAAGGCAACAUAGGUCCACCAGGUUCAAAGGGGAUGCCCGGCACGGAUGGAAAACCAGGCUUUCCUGGCAUUGCUGGGUAUCCUGGAGAAGUGGGUGCAAAAGGAGAGAAGGGUGACCCAGGAGCUCGGGGUGAACCAGGACAAGAUGGGAACAGUAUUGUGGGACCACCUGGACCUCCAGGACCACCAGGACCAGUCAUAGCAAUACCUGAGUUACUUCUCAAUGACACCAAUGGGAUUUUUAAUUUUACUGCAAGUAAAGGACUGCUUGGGCCUCCAGGGCCAGAUGGCAAGCCAGGUCUACCAGGAUUUCCUGGUCCUCGGGGUCCAAAGGGUGACACUGGUUUGCCUGGAUUACAAGGACCUAAAGGACAACAGGGUGAAAAGGGAGAACCAGGAGCUAUCAUUUCUGCUGAUGGAUCUUUAACUGAGUUAUUAGGAAGAAAAGGGGAGAAGGGUGAAGCUGGAGUGGUGGGACCAGCAGGACCAAUGGGACCAAUAGGACCUACUGGACCCAAAGGAGAACUUGGUCUCCCAGGACGCCCAGGCCGUCCAGGACUGAAUGGACUGAGAGGUGUGAAAGGUGAUAGAGGUGAAGCAUUUAAUGGCCCUCCUGGCUUGCCUGGGCCCCCAGGGCCCCCUGGACCUCCAGGACGUAUACUUUAUAUCAAAGGAACAGUUUUCCCAGUCCCUCCCAGGCCUCAUUGCAAAAUGCCAGUGAACACUCCCUAUCCUGGAAAUCAAGAAGUUCUUAAUGACCAUGGUGCUAAAGCAAACAGGGAUUCCUGGGGACUGCACAGUUCAGCACACUUAAAAGGAGAAAAGGGAGACAGAGGUGCUCCAGGACCACCAGGUCCACCUCUGCCUCCAUCAUAUUUCAGCCACUUUAUUAAUAGCAUAAAGGGUGAAAAAGGAGAUAAUGGAGUGACUGGUGUAAAAGGAGAAAAAGGAGAACCAAAUGGAGGUUUUUUUCUGACAGGACCUCCUGGACCACCUGGAAGACCAGGAUUAAUUGGACCAAAAGGGGACUCAGUUGUUGGACCCAGAGGACCUCCAGGGUUACCUGGCCUACCUGGCUUACCAGGUUAUGGAAAAAUUGGACCUCCUGGCCCACCUGGACCACCUGGACCACCAGGACCCCCUGCAAUAUAUGGCUCAGCAGCUGCAAUGCCUGGGCCACCAGGUCCUCCUGGAGAGCCAGGGUCACCUGCCACCAGGAAUCUGGUUACGACAUUCCAAAACAUUGAGGGUAUGUUGGAAAAAGUUCAUUAUGUAGCAGAAGGUACACUAAUCUAUCUGAGGGAAACCAGUGAGGUUUUUAUCCGUGUUCAGAAAGGAUGGAGAAAAUUGCAGCUUGGUGAGCUAAUUCCCAUCCCUGCUGACAGCCUUCCUCCUCCAGCCAUAUCAAGCCAUGGAUUUCAGUCUAUUCCAGCACUGAGACCAAUACCAAAUAUGAACCAUGGAAAACCAGCAUUGCAUCUGGCAGCUUUGAACUACCCAUUGUCUGGUGACAUGCGAGCAGACUUUCAGUGUUUUCGGCAGGCUCAGCUUGCCGGUUUGACAUCUACCUAUAGAGCCUUCCUCUCAUCACACUUGCAAGAUCUGGCCACAGUUGUCAGAAAAACAGACCGACACCAUUUGCCAAUAGUCAAUCUUCAGGGAGAAACCCUUUUCAGUAACUGGGAAUCUAUAUUUGAUGGAAAUGGUGGACAAUUCAACAUUCAUGUUCCAAUAUACUCCUUUGAUGGGAGGAAUGUCAUGACUGAUUCCUCUUGGCCUCAAAAAAUAAUAUGGCAUGGUUCAACUGCAAAUGGGAUCCGACUGGUUAGCAACUACUGUGAAGCCUGGCACACAGCUGAUAUGGGAGCUAUGGGACAAGCAUCACCUCUGAACACAGGGAGACUUCUUGACCAGAAAGUAUAUAGCUGUAAUAAUCUGUUUAUUGUUCUCUGUAUUGAAAACAGUUUUGUAUCUGAUCCCCAAAGAAAAUAA